AGUUGACCCGCGGCGACGGCCAGAACCAACAAGACAGCGGCGAUGGCAGGGCCGACGACGCGGAAGAAGGGAGCGCACUGCAAGAAGAAGGGAUACAAGCGCGCGCAUGCGACCAAAAGCCGAUCGCGCGACAUCGAUCAGAUCCAGGAUGACCUGAAGAAGGAGGAAGAAACGGGCGUGAAGAUGACGUUUGAAUUGGACGAAGACCUGCCUGGUCUCGGCCAAUACUACUGCACCCCGUGCGGCCGCCACUUUAUCACAGCCAACGCCCGCGACGUCCACAUUGCAUCCAAGGUUCACAAACGCCGCAUGAAGGACGUAGCGCAGGAACAAUACACCCAAAAGGAAGCCGAGCGCGCCGCCGGCAAGUCGAUCGAAACGUAUACCCCCGCCCAUCCGACAGCCGCCUCGUCAUGAAGCACGCGUCGACGCCCAUAGUUUUCAUAUGUAUAGGACCAUGUUAAGGCACUUUGUUCAAUUCGA